AUGGAAGCAGCAGUAUCAGAUAGGUUGGACAAAAAUACUUCUAAUGAAUGCGUUAUAAAUCUAAUAGCGCAUGUGAACCAUGGAAAGACUACAGUCAUGGACAAUGUACUAGAGUAUAUGGGGGUUUUGACAAAAAGCAUGGCAGGCGAGGCACGGCUGCUUGACUCACGAAAGGACGAGCUGGAAAGAGAAAUGACAAUGAAGCUGUCACCUGUGAGCUUAUUCGUAAAUGGGAAAAAAAUAACCUUCUUGGAUACUCCAGGGCACUUAGAGUUUAAAUCAUUAACGGAAUCUACAUUUAUUCUUUCAGACAUAUCCCUAAUUAUUGUGGAUGUAAUGAAGGGAGUGACUGAGCGGCUUAGGCAGCUAGUGAGGAAUUCAUCAGACAAUCGGUGUGCUCCAAUUAUUCUCAUUAAUAAGAUCGAUGCUCUUUUCAAGCUUGGUGCAUCCGGGGACGAAAUUGAGCAUAGAGUCAGUGGAAUUAUACAGAGCUUAGAAGAGGUUCUUGAAGAGCCCAUUGGCUGGGACAUGGGGAAUAUUAUAAUAGGCAGUGCAAAGGACAAUUGGUGCAUGGGACAGAGUUCCAACGCAGACAGAGUGCUUAACAAGGCAAUGGGGCAUCUGACUCUAAAAAAGUCUCUGCGAAUAGUGCGCACAAUAUAUGCACAGGAGCAGGCAGAGUUAUUGAAGCUGUCAGAGAGAAUCAAUAGAAAAGUCAAACCCGGGCUUAAGAUUAAAAUACGCCCUAAAGACAUUGUUUCGCAUGAGUUUGGCUUUUUUUCUGCUCUGUAUACAGCUAUUUCCUCGGUAAAUAUUCCAGCAACAGCAAUGCCUGAUGUAAGUAAAUGUGAAAUUGAGUGCAGUAAAGAAGACAGCAGCAUAUCUUUUAUGGACAGCAGGAUAUACCAUACCCCACAAAAUACCUGGAUGGGAGUAGACAGUAGUAGUGCAGUGGCUAUUAUUUGCUCAAAUACGUUAGUAGAUAACGUAGUAACUGCAAUAGGGAGAACACUCUAUGGAAAAACAAUAUCUGUAGGAGAUUCAAUCUAUGUAGUGGAGAGUAGUGGUAUUUCACACUGUAAAGUUAAGAAUCUCGUAUAUUUUACUAAAACACGCAGCAGUGUGGAAGUGGCAGCUGGAUUGGUGGGUAUUCAAGGGAUUGACUGCAAAAAGAAGGGAAUUAUUUGUGCAGAAGGAACAUGCAGUGACCUGUCUAAAGAGCUAUUAGGCAAAUUAAGAUGGCCUGUAUUUACGCCUUUGUUCACUGAUAUUAUAAUACCAUCUCCAGAGUGCUAUUCCUCUGUGGUUGAAAGACUUGGCCGCUUGUCAAGAUGCGAGCCAGGCCUGUUUAUAAGCGUGAAGCAAGGGAAGGUAAUUGUGCGAAGUGAUGGUGUUCUGCAAAUUGACAAAAUACGAACAGAUUUAGAAGGUCUUCAUUUUAGUACGGAAGACCAGUCAGAGAUUUACCAAGAAACAGUCUCAAAAGGAGAGGGAGUUGUAAAAGUACAACAGGAUGCAGAAUCUAAAUGCUAUGCGAUAUCUUUAAGAGGGAUACAAGAAGAGUCAGGCGAGGAAAUCGAGAGAAUGGGGUAUAAACAGCUGUUUGGAAGAGACUGCUAUGUUAAGUGCGCAGAAGGCACUCCAAAUAUGCUUAGAAUGAGUAUCUCUGCACUGCUACAGAAUGGGCCUUUUUUGCUUGAGCAGUGCAACAGAGUUAUGGUAGCAGUAGAGCCAACUGAAAGACAGCCCACAGGCACACUGUCACAGAUAUAUCUGGAUUCCAUGCCCAGGCUGCUUACAAACCAUACAAUACUCUUUAUAUCCGCCCCAUCUAUCUAUGCAAAAAGUGUAAACACAAUUCUAGUAAAGUCCCCUGGACACAUCCUGUCUACCACUGUAGAGGAAACAUCCAUAACCUUUGAAGUAAGAAUGCCAGUGGCAGAGAUAAAAGCACUCACAAAUCUGCUUAGAACACACACGAAGGGAGAGGCGGAUAUUCUUCCUACGCACUCUCUCUACUAUAUGGUGCCAGAUAAGGCAGAACACGAAAAAGCACUUACGCUCGCACUAAGAGAGAAAAAAGGCCUAUUUGAGAAAGAAAAGAUAGAGUAA